AUGCUCUACCUACAGGCGUUACUCAUUGCGCUGACAAGCAGCGGUAUUGGAAUCAAAGUACUUGCUGACGACCCUGGGUUUUGUAAUAACGUGGCACUGUGUACACCAUGCCUAUGUGAUGCUGGUGGCAAGUGUGAAGGAUUCUGCCAUCAUGAUCGUGGCAGUGCAGGUCCAAAGCACUGCGAUUUGCAGAGCGGGGGCUGCAAAUGCCCCCGGGGUUUUGAGCUCGCGAUGAAAGAUACAAAUUCAACUAUUAAGCGAAGAGGUGGAUGUUUUAGUAAAGGAAGAGGUGGGAUUGUAGGUGCCGAGCCUCACGGGUCAUGCGGUCAGUAUAACAGCUAUUUUGCAUGCGUUGCCUCAGCGCCUUAUUAUUGCCGAUGGGACCCCACUAUUCAACAAUGUGUCGAUAUCCGUGGACCAGGAAAGAAGAAGGAGCCACAAACGCCAACAGGUUCUGAGGUCAAGAAAGAUCCGAAAUCUAUGAAAGACCCAGGACCCAAGAAAAACCCAAAACCCAAGAAAGACCCAAAACCUAAGAAAGGUCCCUCCAAGUGA